GUUUCGAAGAGAGGAAAUAAAACAUUGAUGGUUCCUCUCUUCUUCAUCAGGCCGUGGAUGCUCCUCUUCUAGCUGCGUGGACAGCCUUGUGGCAGUGACGCUUGUUUUCUUCAAGGAGGGGGGACCUACCAACCGCCAGCAUGUCGAGCAAAAGGGCCAAGGGAAAGAACACCAAGAAGCGUCCUCAGCGUGCCACCUCCAAUGUGUUUGCCAUGUUUGAUCAGUCUCAGAUCCAGGAGUUUAAGGAGGCUUUCAACAUGAUCGACCAAAACAGGGACGGCUUCAUUGACAAAGAAGACCUUCAUGAUAUGUUGGCCUCAUUAGGUAAGAAUCCCACAGAUGAGUACUUGGAAGCGAUGAUGAAUGAAGCGCCAGGACCUAUAAACUUCACCAUGUUUCUGACCAUGUUUGGGGAGAAGCUUAAUGGCACAGAUCCUGAGGACGUGAUUCGUAACGCAUUUGCCUGCUUUGAUGAGGAGGGCACAGGCAUGAUCCAGGAAGAGUAUCUGCGGGAACUACUUACUACGAUGGGCGACAGAUUCACUGAUGAAGAAGUGGAUGAGCUCUUCAGGGAGGCACCCAUUGACAAGAAAGGCAACUUCAACUACGUAGCAUUCACACGCAUACUAAAGCAUGGCGCUAAGGACAAAGAUGAUUAGUGACAGUAGCAGCUCUAGGCAAGGUUUCUUCUGUAAAGUGUGUGUGUCUUAAAUGGGUCUCUCCUUAGAACAGCUAUAUCCUGUAUAUGUGGCUAAUUAUAAGCUUCACUGUGGAAUAGCUCACUGAAGGUCAUAUAUUUAAGCUGCUUGGUGGACCCCCUCCCACCAACUUCUCAAACCUACUGUCAAAGCUCAUUUGCACAUCAGUGAAAACAUUAAAAGGGUCUGUAUAAGCUGUCAUGGACAAAGCUGGAAAUAAACUGAAGCAAGGAAUCUGUUAUCAUGA